UACGUUCCACUUGUAUUCUACCACGUGUCAGUAGAAUAGGGUUUUUUAUGCGCUCCAUUACACACCCGUUUAUGACGACUUUUUUUAACAAAACGCUCUCUCUCUAUCUGUCUGAUGCGUUUGUGACUUUCUUCGACAUUUCCCAUCUCUGCGUUUACAUUUUCAGGUAUUGAUUGUUGCAAUUCUGUUUCUGACGGUUGCUGAUCUGAAGAUCUAGCCGUUUGAUUUUAUUGCAGUUACUACAUUUGAAUCUAAGAUAUGAGUCGUCCACAUGGCCCGCACCGGCCUUUCUUCCCAUUUGGCAAUCCAUUUAGGAUGAUUUUACCUAAGGGUUCUUAUCUGUCUCCAAGGCUCUAUGCACUUGUAAAAAAUUUUGAGGAGUCCUUGGCUGAGAGAUUUAGACAGCUUAAGCCAAAGGACAGGGAAGAUGUCCUUACCUUGUCAUGGAUGAGAUUAGCUAUGCAGCUACUGAGUGAAACUCACAAUGACAUAAAAACCCUCAUAACUGAGCUUGAGCUCCCUGUCUGUGAUUGGGAUGAGAAAUGGAUUGAUGUCUACUUGGGCAAUAGCGUGAAGUUGCUUGAUAUCUGCAUUGCAUUCAGUUCUGAGCUCUCACGGCUUAGCCAAGGCCAUCUCUUGCUUCAAUGUGUUUUGCAUGACCUGGAUUCCUCCUCUUCAAAGCAGUUUGUGAGGUCCCGUUCUUCUCUUGAUGCCUGGAGGAGCCAUAUUAAUUCAAAGAAUCCCAGACUUGCAAACUGUUUUCCCAUCUUAGAUGGCCUUACUGAAACGCUUAACCUGCCUAAGGUUAAGAACUCAGCGAAAGGGAAGGUUUUGAUGCAGGCUAUGUACGGAGUUAAGGUGGAAACUGUAUUCAUCUGUAGCAUCUUUGCUGCUGCCUUCUCUGGAUCUGCAAACAAGUUGACGGAUUUACAGGUUCCUGAAACAUGCUUAUGGGCGGAAGCUUUUACUGAUUUGCAGGCUUUCAUAAAUGGGGAGAUUAGAAAUAUGAUUCCCAGGGGAAGAGUAACAGUACUGAAAGAGCUGGAAGCGGUCGAUAUAAGUGUGAAAAAGUUGUACCCCAUGAUCGACGAUGGGGUGGGCCCUGUUGAAGCAGAAGCAUUCCAGAGUUCCAUUUUGGAUUUCGGAAAGAAUGCGGAAAAACUUUCACAAGGGUUGGAUCUUCUUACAAAGGAUGUAGAUGGCUUUUUCCAAAUUGUUCUAGGUGGACGUGAUGCUUUGCUUUGUAACUUAAGAGUGGCUGGUAAUAUUUCGGAUAAUGAAUCAUGAAGAUAAACUCCGUUGUGUACAUCCACAGGUUUGGUUAUGGGCUUCUCUGUUAUCUGGUUGAUGAAAAUAUACUAUAUGGUGUAGAGUAUAGUAUUAUUCAGUCUGUUGUAGCUUGUAAGGUGUGUUAUGUUAAUGUUGGACUGCUUUAUGUAUGCUUAUGCUGUUGUUUAAUGUCAAUGAUAUAUGAAAAAGACUUGUACUGUUUGCAACA